AUGUGUGGAAUCUUCGGCUACGUGAAUUAUCUCGUUGAGAAGAACCGAAAGGAUAUUCUUGACACACUUCUCAAUGGUCUUUCAAGCCUGGAUUACCGUGGCUACGAUUCAGCUGGACUUGCAAUCGACGGUGACAAGAAGAAGGAAACUUUCAUCUACAAGGAAGUCGGCAAGGUCGCAGGGCUGAAGAAGCUUGUCGCCGAGGAGAAGCCCAAUCCCACCAAAGUCUUUGAAUCGCACGCUGGCAUUGCACACACUCGUUGGGCGACUCACGGCUCCCUGUCGCGAUUUGAGGGGCUCCUCGUGGGAAAAGGCUUCAAAUUCGAAACCGAGACCGAUACAGAAGCCAUUGCGAAGUUGGCUAAGUACAUCUACGAUAAGAACCCAACAAUUGAAUUCAGCACCCUUGCCAAGGCUGUUACCCGGGAACUCGAGGGCGCCUUUGGGCUACUUAUCAAAUCAUCCCACUACCCUCAUGAGAUUAUCGCUGCUCGUAAGGGCUCGCCGUUGGCUAUCGGUAUCCGGACCCAGGGCAAGAUGAAGGUUGAUUUCGUUGAUGUCGAGACCGGUGACGAGACUAUCUUACCCGCCGAGACUAUAUCCCAAAACGAAGCAAUCAAAAAGCCUCAUGGGUUAAGCCUAAGCAGCGCUAGUUCUGGUAACAUCCUCGCGCCCCCAGACAAGAACAUCCUUCAUCGUUCGCAAUCGAGGGCGUUUCUAUCGGAUAACGGCCUGCCAAUACCGAUAGAGUUCUUCUUGUCAUCCGAUCCUGCUGCGGUGGUUGAAUAUACGAAGAAGGUUUUGUACCUUGAGGAUGAUGAUAUUGCUCACAUUCACGACGGUCAGCUUAAUAUUCACCGUAUAUCUAAGGACAUUGGCACCUCGAAUGUCCGUACUAUUCAAACACUCGAGCUUGAACUGCAAGAGAUGAUGAAGGGUAACUUCGACUACUUUAUGCAAAAGGAGAUCUUUGAACAACCAGAAUCCGUUAUUAACGCGAUGCGUGGCCGUCUUAACGCCAAGAAUUCGACCGUGACACUUGGUGGUUUGAGACAAUACAUCCCAACUAUUAGACGUUCUCGCAGAAUCGUCUUUAUUGCAUGCGGUACCUCUUACCACUCCUGUGUCGCAGUCCACGGCAUCUUCGAGGAGUUGGCUGAGACUCCAAUUGCUGUCGAACUAGCUUCAGCUUUCCUAGACAGACAAGCUCCUGUAUUCCGCGAUGAUACCUGUGUUUUUGUCUCUCAGUCUGGUGAGACUGCAGACUCUCUUAUGGCUCUACGCUACUGCCUUGGGCGGGGUGCUAUUACCGUGGGUAUCGUGAAUGUCGUUGGGUCCUCAAUCUCCAUCUUGACUCACUGCGGUGUCCAUAUCAACGCCGGUCCCGAGAUCGGUGUCGCAUCAACCAAGGCAUAUACUUCCCAAGUGCGCCGUAUUGAUAUCAUGGAGGGCCUUACUAAGAUCUCCGAGCAGAUCAAGGAGGUUCUGAAGCUUGACCAGGAGAUCAAGAGACUGUGCAUGAAGUUCAAGGACCAAAAGAGUUUGCUACUCCUCGGUCGUGGUAAUCAGCACGCUACUGCUCUUGAAGGUGCUCUUAAGAUAAAGGAAAUCUCCUAUCUCCACUGUGAAGCCGUGAUGUCCGGUGAACUUAAGCACGGUGUUCUGGCUCUGGUUGAUGAGGCAUUGCCUCUUAUUAUGAUUCUAACCCGAGAUGAUAACUUCUCUAAGUCGCUUAACGCCUACAACCAGGUUGUUGCGCGUAACGGCCGACCCAUAGUUAUCUGUAAUACCGGCGACCCCGAGUUCCCUAGUGACAAGACCGAUAGGAUCGAGGUCCCUCGCACCGUUGAUGCUCUUCAGGGUCUGCUCAACGUGAUUCCCUUACAGCUUAUGGCCUAUUGGCUUGCUGUAGCCGAGGGGCUAAAUGUUGACUUCCCAAGGAACUUGGCUAAGUCUGUCACUGUGGAGUAG